AUGAAUUCCGAUAUAUUGUUACAUAUAUUGCCUAGAUUGUCAAAGCAAUCUUUUUUAAAUUUAUACAAUCAAGAUGUUUAUAUUCUUAAUAAAACAAAUUUAAAUUUGCUAAUGGAAUCUUAUAAGCACAAAAUAUAUUACAUGAGCACUAGGAAAUUAUUUUUACUGUUUAAUUUUGCUUUGAAAUAUAAAAAAAAUAUUUAUGUCGACGAAUGUAUUAAUAGCCUUCCUGAAUCUAAAAAACUUAGUUUAUUAAUUUAUUGUAAAAGAAAUGUGGAUGUAAAUAUGAUAAUGAAUAAAUUAACCGUAAAUUUGUGGAAAUGUAAAAGUAGAAAUAGAGUAAAUUUUUUUGUCGAAAACUUAAAUCUAAAUAAAUAA